AUGAUGUCCUCCCCUAUUGAGGGGGCAGCUGUUAAUGGACACUUGUCGCCCGCAGGUCACAAGGUAUCACAAUCACUAGCAGAUAACGAUAGAAGCGAUGGCGAACUCCACGAUGCCCAAGACACACCGGCCGACCGCUCCCCUUCAUCAUUAGUCGAGAACCACAUCGGAGAUGCUCCAAGUCACUUUCAAGACGACCGUCGCAUGUCAGACAGUGAAGAGUCCAGCGCGGGCAAUGCGUCAGAUGAUGGUGACUUCCAUAUGCAAGAUGGCGUCCUGUCUGACCAUGAUGACGACGUGGACCGGAACCGUGCCAGCUCUGCCGACUCAUCUCGGCCAUCGAAACGCAAGACCCCAUUAGAGGUGGAUGACUAUAUUCAAGCCAACCCCGAACUUUAUGGUCUUCGGCGAAGCACUCGAGCGAGAGAAACUCGCAAGCUCGCUGAAUCGAGCGAUUCCGAAUCCGAUGUAACACCGUCGAAUCGUCGUCAAGUGAAGCGCCGCCGCGUAAACCAAUCGCUGUCUUCCUCCAAACGGGGCACACCUGCUCUACAGCCCUCAACGAACGAAUCAGACUCAGACUCAGAUGUGUAUGGCGGUGCACGAGCAAAGAGUCAGCAGAAGAAGGCGAGACUGCAACGCGAGUCGCAGCCAGCCCUGGCAUUAGCGGAAAAGAGAUGGUCGAACCGCCGCGCCGCACAACAGGUGCAACAGGGUGCAUAUGAAGAAAGCGAUUUCGAGGACGAGGAGGAGCUCGAGGUUGGCGACGAGUUUUAUGUGGCCGACUACGUCGACUCGUCACCAUACGUCGAGAAAGUCGUCCGUCACCGGCUCCGAGAUGGCCUAGAGUUGCAGUUUGACUCGAGCCGGCAUGAUUUCGAGUAUUUCAUCAAGUGGCAGGGCAAGUCUCACCUACACGACACGUGGGAAACGAUUGAAGACCUUCGCAACGUUCGCGGGUUUCGGAAGGUAGAAAAUUACUUCCGCAAGCUAGUUGAACUGGAGUUGGACAUGCGCUUUGGCGACGACAUCCCGCCGGAGAGCAAAGAACAGUUCUUUCUUGACCGCGAACGAGAUGAGGAAGCGUUCGAAGACUACACCAAGGUCGAAAGAAUAGUCGCCGUUCGAGACGGCGACGAAGACACCGAGUACUACGUGAAGUGGAAAGGCUUAACAUAUGAAGAAUGCACGUGGGAGCUCGCGUCCGAGAUAAGCGCCGAGUUCCAGGACAAGAUUGACCAGUUCUUGGAUCGCUCUUCCCGAUCCUGGCAGUCUGACCGACGGGAAACCAACAUCGACACUCGAUCGCGGAUGACGAAGCUAGAGAAGCAGCCCGACUACAUCAAAGGUGGAGAACUUCGGCAAUUUCAGUUGAAAGGGCUGAACUUCUUGUGCCUUAACUGGACUCGCGCAAAUAACGUUAUUCUCGCCGAUGAAAUGGGUCUGGGGAAAACCGUUCAAACAGUCUCCUUUCUCAGUUGGCUGCGGAAUGCUCGGGGGCAGGAAGGGCCCUCGCUUGUCGUCGCGCCCCUGAGUGUCAUUCCAGCUUGGUGUGAUACAUUUAACACUUGGGCACCCGACCUGAACUACGUCGUCUAUCUCGGCCCCGAAGACGCACGAAACAUCAUCAGAGACAAUGAGCUCAUCGUUGGUGGCAACCCAAAGAAGCCCAAGUUCAAUGUCCUGGUGACGUCGUACGAGUUCAUUCUGCAGGAUUGGCAGUUUUUACAGUCCAUCAAAUGGCAGACGCUCGCCGUCGACGAGGCUCAUCGGCUCAAGAAUCGCGAUUCCCAGCUGUACAGCCGACUCUUCAGUUUUGGUGUUCCUUGCAAGAUUCUCAUCACCGGCACCCCUAUUCAAAAUAACCUGUCAGAACUUUCGGCGCUGCUCGACUUUCUCAACCCCGGAAAAGUCGUUAUCGACGAAGAUCUGGAGUCUUUGUCUGCUAAUGACGCGCAAGAGAAGCUGCAAGACCUCCAUGCCUCUAUCGCACCGUAUAUUCUCCGCAGAACCAAAGAGACGGUGGAGUCGGACUUGCCUCCGAAGACAGAGAAAAUCAUUCGCGUGGAGUUGUCCGAUGUUCAACUGGACUACUACAAGAAUAUCCUGACUAGGAACUAUUCUGCACUUUGCGAUGCCACCGGCGGCCACAAGAACUCGCUCCUCAACGUCAUGAUGGAGUUAAAGAAGAUCAGCAACCACCCCUACAUGUUCCCUGGCGCAGAGGAACGUGUAUUGGCUGGCAGUGUCCGCCGUGAGGACCAAAUCAAGGGCUUGAUUGCCAGCAGCGGCAAGAUGAUGCUGCUCGACCAACUCCUUACGAAACUCAAGAAAGAUGGCCACAGAGUGCUCAUUUUUAGCCAAAUGGUCAAGAUGCUGGAUAUUCUUGGAGACUACCUGUCAUUGAGAGGCUACAAAUUCCAGCGGCUAGACGGGACAAUCGCUGCUGGUCCUCGGCGCAUGGCCAUCAACCACUUCAACGCCGAAGACAGCGACGAUUUUUGUUUCCUGCUGUCGACUAGGGCCGGUGGGCUCGGCAUCAAUUUGAUGACCGCUGAUACGGUUAUCAUCUUCGAUUCUGACUGGAACCCUCAGGCAGACUUGCAGGCAAUGGCUAGAGCUCAUCGCAUCGGCCAGAAGAGGCCUGUCAACAUCUAUCGACUUGUGUCCAAAGAGACCGUUGAGGAAGAAGUCCUUGAACGAGCUCGUAAUAAGCUUCUGUUGGAAUACUUGACCAUACAGGCUGGUGUGACUGAUGAUGGCAUGGCCAAUCUCAAGGAAAAGAUGCACGAAAAGGGCCUAAAGACCGACGGUCCGUCCUCAUCCGAGGACAUUCAGAUGGUCCUGAAGAUGCGCUCCUCCAAGAUGUUUGAGCAGAGUGGCAACCAGGAACGACUUGAGCAGCUCGACAUCGACUCAAUCCUCGAAAAUGCUGAAGUCACCAAGACGAAGGUAGACGACAAGAUCAACCUCAGCAGCGGCGGUAUCGAUUGGGACAACUUCAUGCAGGUCACCGAUGUCAAGGUAGACGAUAUCAACCUCGACUGGGACCAGAUCAUCCCGGCCGAGAAGCUGGCUGAGAUCAAAGCCAAUGAGGAGAAGCGGAAGAAUGAAGAGUAUGUCGCCAAAUUGGCCGCUGAAAACGCACCUCGCAGAGCUACGAUGAAGAGCCGCAAUAAGGAAAACGACAGAGCAGACCGCCUGAAGAAACGGCAGCGAGAGCAGCAACAAGAGGAAGAAGAGCAGCGAGCCCUGAUGGCCGACCCUAAACGCCCACUGAACGACAAGGAGCAGCGAAACCUCAUCAAGGCUUACUUCCGUUUCGGUUCCAUAGACGAUCGAGGCGACGACAUCAUCCAGGAGGCCAAGCUCGGCGAGAGGGACCCAGAGUUCGUGAAAUCCGUUCUGGAGGACUUCAUCAAGGCAGCAAAGGAAGCCAUGGAGGAUAAUAACGUCAAGCUGGCUGAGGAAGAGAAGAAAACGGGCAAGACCUUGACUAAGAAAGACAGAAAGGCCGUUCUGAUCGAUUUUGGCAUGCUGAAGAAAGUCAAUGCUGAAACUGCCAUCGAGCGACCCCAGCAGCUGCACAUUCUAAGGCAGGCUAUCCGAAGCCAGCAAGACUGGAGGUCUUUCCGUCUGCCAGAUGCCACGAAGGGUGCCAACUAUAGCUGCCCUUGGGGGGCCAAGGAAGACGCCAUGCUCCUCGUUGGCAUAGAUAAGCACGGUUUUGGUGCCUGGGUCCAGAUCCGAGAUGACCCAGAACUGGAGAUGUCUGACAAGCUAUUCCUCGAAGAGCAUAGAGUUGGAAAGAAGGAGGAGCGAACAAAAGCGAACGACAAACUUAAAGCACCGGGCGCAGUCCAUCUGGUCCGACGCUCCGAGUACCUCCUCUCUGUUCUGCAGUCGAAGCAUUCAGGGGACCGCGUGACUCACAAAUCCGCGGAGAGCUAUCCCCGCACCAGCAAGAAACACCAGUUGGCGAAUGGUCAUCGUGGGAGCGGCACCGCAUCACCCGCGCCCCACGCCGCCAAGAAGUCACGCGAGCGUGAAAGAGAGCAAAGCCAACGCGAUGCAGACCACGCCCGGCCCCGCAGUCAUGCGGAUGACCGCGGUUCUGCUCGGUUGGACUUCAAGCGUAAACACGCUUCGAACGAUGAUGGCCGCAGCCCAAAACAUCGUCGUGCUGAUGAUGGCCGGCGCUUGAGCUCACACGGCGAAGACCGUGAUCGUCACGAAAAACGGAGGCAGCGCGAAGACGAUGAACGUCAUCGCGAGAGACAACGACACCGGGAUGAACCUCAUCAACGCCGUGACGAUCGACGGCGAGAUGACCACCGCCGGGAUGACCAUCGCCGGGAUGACCAUCGCCGAGAUGACCAUCGCCGGGACGACCAUCGCCGAGACGACCACCGCCGAGACGACUACCGCCGAGAUGACCAUCGCCGAGAUGACCGCCUCCAAAACCACCGCGAAAGGGACCGUGAAGCGAGACCACAAGAUGAGCGUAGAGCCAGCGCUCUUCGGCGUCUCGACGAAUUGCGCCGCAUCGGUGACGACAAGGACCAGCGUGACAAGGACAACGACGCCAUGAUCUGGUUUUUACUGAAGCCGGUUCGUGCAAACUUCGAAAAGAUUCUUUCGACAACCAAGGAGAAUGUGAAGUCAAGCAAAGAACGGGCAAGCAUUUUUGGCUCGGAGUUGGUUGCCAUUGGCGGCUUUCUUGAUGAGCAGUUUUCGCACUCCGCCGCGAACGAGGCCCUCAAGAACAAUUUCUGGUUCGUUCCAAACCGUGGAAGUGUCAAUGACAUGCACUAA